GUCGCAUUGGCAAGUCAGCCAAGCGCUUCGCGGCCAACGUUGGUGAAGGAGCCAUGUGCUCAGCCAGCUGCAAGAGCCAAAUCCUCACUGCCCAAGCUGUGGCCCAUGACGUUGGGCAAGAGACGGCGGCCAGAAUUGGGGUGCAGCAGUGGGCACGGUGUAGUGAAAGAAACUCUGAAAGAGAUGUUCAAAAAAUAGUUAAGAAACAAAGAACACAGCUGGACAUUCCGAUUCACAACAUAUCCUGUGAUGGGACUGACCUACCAUGGGUUUCUCCGGAGUCAUGGCUUCAAUUCAUUGUCAGAAGUGGGAUGUGGCCGGUGAUGGCUGGAUGUUGCUUGCAUGACUACGAAGGGGCCAGACGUAAGUGGGAACAAUUUUGGACCACUUACAAAGAAAUUCACCCUGGGUUUAGUCUCUUCGAUGAUGACAGUGUGGACUUAUCUAGAUGUGCUGCAUUUUUCAUACACGGUGAUGAGGGACGAACCCUCAAGAAGGGAGGUAUGUUGGUGACUAGUUUACAGAGCGCUUUGGGUCGUGGAUACGAUGAAAAGCGUGUGAGAAAACCGGGGGAGGGUGGCCGUGAUGAUCUCCAAGUGAACUUUGCUGGCCAUUCGUUUACAACACGGUUUAUCCUCAGUACUAUCCCGAAGACUGCUUACGAUCUUCAACCCAACUUGUUUCAUGAUGCCACCGGCCAUGUUGCCAAAUCUUGUCGGAGGUUGCUGGACUAUGGGUAUUUUGACCAUACGAGGGGUGGCGAGACCUUUCGUAUUUGCAUCCUGGGGGUGAAAGGAGACGCACCAUACCUUUCAAAAGUUGGUCAUUUUUAUCGGAGCUACAACACCACCGCAAAACGUGGACAGGAACGUGGACCUCCCAAGGGUGUUUGUCCAUACUGCUUGGCUGGUACAAAUUUAUGUGCUGCUGAAGAAAUUGCGACAACUACCCCAAGAUGGCUUUCAACUGUGGGUGUCAAGCUACCAUGGGUCAGGGAGCCAUCCUUGAUCACACACCUAGUACACGACAGACAUGACCCAGCUUCAUUCUUCAAGAGCGACAUCUGGCAUGUGUUUCACUUGGGCUUCGGGCGUUCCUGGAUUGCAAGUCUUGUGCAAUUGAUUCUUCCACAACUUCCAUUGCCGAAUCUUGAUGAAAAAUGGGAUUAUUUGACAGACCAUUACCAUGGCUGGUGUUCCAGAAAUCGAAAACAAAGUCACAUCAGCAAGAUUACUCCAUACCUUUUGUCGUACAAUGAGACGGGUGGAUGUAUGGGAAAUUGGCAUAAAGGAGGACUCACAACGAAUUUUAUGUUGUGGAUGGUUUCCCUACUUGGAGAUGUUCCGGUGGAUAGUGAUGGCCUACUGGCAAAGGCCCGUUCAACUACUUAUCGUGUCAACGAGAUGUUUAGCAUGCUCUAUCGAUCUGGAGCUUUCUUGUCAGAGGACGAAGGACGAUUUGUCGCUGAACAGGGACUAAAAUUUUUGGAGACGUACUACGAGUUUGCAACCAUCAUGUAUGCCAGGGGAAAACAAUGGUGCUUUCCGUUGUAUCCCAAGCUUCACAUAUGGCACCAUUUGCACAUAGACAUCCUACGAUCGAUUCAGGAAGUCAGGACCGCCUGCAACCCCAAUCUUUGGGGUUGCCAAAUGGACGAGGACACAGUCGGCCGGGCCAGUAGGCUCAGCCGCCGUGUAAAUGUACGACGAGUUUCUUUGAGAUCUUUGCAGCGAUAUCUCAUUUGUGCGUACUCAGCCAUGGUCAAGUGUGGGAUGUUGAAAUAG